AUGUACCUACUGUCACUUCUCUACGCGCUUGCCAUUACCGGCUUUAGCGUCGCGGAAAAGUGCUACUGGCCAAAUGGCAAGGAAGCAGAGGACAACUGGGUCCGCUGUCCGGGCCGAACACACUGCUGUGCGUCCGGGGAAGCCUGUCUCUCCAACAAUCUCUGCUACGAGGCACACUUGAAUAUCGCAUAUCGCGGGGCCUGUUCCGACAUUUCCUGGCCACUAAGCACCUGUCCCCGCGUAUGCUACGAAGAGGUUCCUGAUCUCUGGGCGAACAUGUACGCCUGCCCAAACAAUACGAAUCAAGUGUUCACAUGCGGAAGACCUGGUGGGUGGGUGAGGGAAGUCUGUAAUGAUCAGAUGGCUACAUAUACGUGGGAUCCUAAGCCGACAUAUUCAAUUGCCUAUGUCGAAUUGCCGUCGACUUCGGCUAAUGCUUCUUCAUCGGCGACUACAACCCCCGUUCCUACGAGUACAUCUCGAAUCAGCUCCACGAGAGCUGGAAACACGACCCCUACGUCCGAAAGACGCGGAAGCUCAGGUAAUGCGGUGGCACUGGGAGCUGGUCUGGGAGUUGGGCUCGGUGUCCCUCUUCUCUUGGUCUCACUUGGGUUCCUGUUACUGUGGUCUCGGACAAGGAAACGAGCGCAGGCGCAGGCUAUGACCCAGAAUCCAUUGAUUGCUCCUGGUAAAACUGUGUACAAUGCCCCGGCAAGGGAGAUGGACGGGUCAGAGCGACCUCGGGAGUUGCAGGGGUGA